AUGUCUUCAAUAUCAACCCUCUGCGAUUCCCUCCAGACCUCAACAGUCCACGUCGUCGAUGGCCUCCGCAGCUUCGUCACGUCCUACCCGCAAGCGCGUCUGGACCUGGCCUCCUUGUCGCGCGAGCUCGCAGAGCUGCAGAUGGUGGCGAGGCUACUUCACCACAACGCUAAAGCUCUCGACGCCGACUCUGACCUGAAAUUGCCUGCGAGAUUGGACGAUGCGCUCAAAGGUGUCGUCAGUGAGGCUGGCGAAUUGAUCGAGGAGGCUGAGGAUGCCUUGGAUCUUGACAAGGAGGAGGAGAGGACACAGAGUUGGCUAGAGCAUACCGCUGAACGGCUGUCGGCUUUUGCAAAACUACUGGAGAGUCUGAGAAGUUCCAUGAGUCUAGGUUUGGAUUGUGUGUUAUUAGUUAUCAAUGCUCAACCUCAUGAUGGACAGAGAGAACUUCCCGGUUACAGCAGUUCUCAAAUCCUCCAAGAAGCAUCCACUCUACGCUCAAAAUACCUCGGAGAGUCAGACAGCGAAGACUACCGCGUUGAAAGCCAACGAACCAUCAUCACUGAAUUCCUUGAGGCUGUUCACGACUUUAUCUCAGAGAGCUCCUCCGCUAUACCUCCUCCUCCACCAGCCGACGAUGAAGAGGGCAGAGAUGUCAGCAACAGCAACAGCAGUUUCGCCAACCCUGAAACAAUUGCUUCAUCUCCUCACUCAGAGACAAACGAACCUCCCAUCCCAGACUACAAUGCCAUCGGUAUAACAUCCACAACACCCCUUCGCAUCUCUCUUCGCCACCUCGCCAAGAAAGAACUCUCCAACCAUGAAGUUAUCGAAACAGCCUACCUCUCGCGCCAUGGCGCCUGCACAUUCGCCACCCAGACUCUCGAGUCCCCCACACGCUUCUACGACAUGAAGGUCAAUCAGGUAUCAUGCCUUCAGAACCAGCACGGCGUGAGCAUGAUCUUCUCUCGAAACGGCCGCCAGUGGGCGUAUCUCAGCGAAGAAGAUGGCAAGGGUCUCAACGCAGCCAACCACGACGGGAUCAACUUCAAGAAGCCCGUUAUCUAUCUAGGUGAUUACAUCAACGGACGCAAAGUCCCUGUCGCGAAGUGGCCCGGUGCGAAACCGCUGGCGUUUUCGAAUGAUGGGAACUGGCUUGCUGUGGGAAGUACAAAGGGUCGUGUAGGCCUCGUGGACUGCAGCGUCAACAUUAACAGAGCAUCCGUCGUUAUACCUUGUCAUCUGGACGAGGUUACACAUGCCGUCUUUACACCCGACAGCAAGCUUCUCAUCACUCAAUCGCGCGAUGGCACGAUCCGUAUAACAAACGUCAAAACGCGCGCCUCAAUCGCCAAGUUGGAAACAGACACAUGGAAGAAGCCUCUGUUCCUUGGAACGUCUCCCGACGGAGAAAUCAUUGUGGCAGUUUGGGGCGACACCAUUUUUCACUGGAACCACGGCACGGCAGCGCUCGAGUCGUAUAAUCUCAGCGGACGAAGAACGCGCGAGGGUUGGCCUGUUGCUGUAUCCGCUGACUGUCGUUUCCUGUGCUGUCGGACAGAUGACGGUGUGGAUGUGAGCGAUUUGUAUUCUGGGCGAGUGCUGUAUACUAUCAAGUUCCAGAGCGGGUUUGUGACUGCGGCGUCGUUCAGUUGGGAUGGAAAAUAUUUGAUUCUUGGAAAAGCGGCGUCUUGUAUGGGAUUGAAGGUUGGGACAUCGACUUUGGAUGUGUGGGAGCUUGUAUUCUAG